AUGAGAAGUAGAGAGUUGAGUAGAGAAGAAUGUUUUUCCAUCCUCCAAUUUGAACCUUCCUUGUUUUCUCUAAUGACCGGAAGGCUGAUCUGUAAAAAUUUCUAUGAGGCUUGUGUAUUGUUGCAGCUCAGAAUUAAAUUUAAAACUCGGAAGGAAAUUUUAGCCUUUGCCAAGUUGUUGGAUCGAAGAAUAUUGAAAAAAGUGGUAGAAAUCAGUGCCAAGAAUUGUGAUCUUGAAGAUGAUGAUAUGCAAAUCAUCGGAUCAAUGUUUGAUAAUUUACAAAUUUUAAAUUUAGAGAAUAAUUUAUUGACUUUGAAUGGAUUGCACUGUUUGGAGGGCAGUGGAAUUGUUAAUUCUCUUAGGGUAAUCAAUAUUAGAGGAAAUCAAGGAAGUUUAGAUAUUGAUGUAUUUAAAAAUUUGAAAAUUCUUGAAUGUGAAAAAGUAGAUAAACCAAAAAAGAUUCAUCAGUUGGAAGCUUUAACUACCAGUAGCAUUUCAAAUCAAAUUGUUGAAAGUUUACCCCAUUUAAAACAUAUUACAAUAACUAGAGGUAAAAUUGGUGCUUGGGACUCUCUAUCUAAACUUUCUAAUUUGGAAACUCUUUCAUUGCAAUGCGCUAUUGGGAAUAAUGUUUCUAUUUUCAAAAAUUUGAAAAAGUUGUUAAUUCAACAUGUCUCUCUCACCAUUGAGACUGUUGAAACUAUUGCUAAGAAUCUAGAUCACGUAGAAUCUUUAAAAUUAUUGUAUAUUGCAAUACAAGGAGAUGAUAUUAUUACAACAUUAUGUAAUUUGAAAGUAACUGAGAGAGUUAAAACACUCCAUUUGGUUGCUAAUAAUAUUUCUGAUGUUGGUGUUGAUUUUCUAAUUUCAAAUUCAAACCUUGAAAAAUUAACAUCACUAGAUCUCUCUUUUAAUAAGAUAACUGAAAAUGGUAUCAGAUCUAUAACUUGUACUUCAAAACUUACAAAUUUAAGAAAGCUGUCACUUAAAAGGUCGAAGGGAAGUUUAUACUUGGGUCACUUUAUGAACAGUCAUUUAAAAAAUUUGACUUCAUUGAAUAUUAAAUCAGAAGAUCAUGCUUUCGAAGGUAUAGAUGACUUUUUACUUUCCCCAUUUGCAAAGAAACUUCAAAAGUGUAGAAUUUUCAGCAAAGAUAUUCCAAAAUGGAGAUUCUCAAGAAAAAUCAACAUUCUAAAAGAGAAUGAGGCCAGUGUUGACACUCUCCUACAAUUUAUGCUAGACAGGCCAUCAAUAGAAAAUUCAAUUGGUAUUAAUCAUGAACUUCCUGAUACUAUUAGAAAUGUGAAUGAUCAUUUUAGAGUUCUACUGAAUUAUAUUGAUAAUUUAUUACCUAGCCAUUUAGGAUUCCAUCCUUCUGGGCGUAUUAUGAUAGUGAUUGAAGCCGAAAUAUGUUAUGGCACUACUAUUAUUGAAAAAUGUUCUGAAACAUUCUCAUGUGAUUAUUCCAUGUCGAUCAAUUGCAAUCAUUACUUCAACUUUGCCAAACGUUUGGUAGAAUUACCAUUAGAGAGUGUCUUGAAAAUCAAAAUUUUCGUCUUGAAACUCUCAUCAAUGGGAAAGAAACAAGUAGCACAUUCUAUAACGCCAAUAUUCAAUAGGAAUGGAAAACAUAUUAAUGGCAUCAUUCAAAAUGCUAUGCAUAGCAGUUUUACACCAAAGGAAUUUAAGAUGAUGACAACCUUUGAUAAGUAUGAUGAUUGUGUUGGUCCUUUUGAGGGAGAUUUAGCUGAAUUACAUGAACUCUCAAACAGUAAAGAACUACCAAGCAAUUUUGAAGAAUUAUUAACAAAGAAAGUGCUGACUGAUGAAGAAAAAAACAUGAUUUGGAGUUUAAGAAAAAUUAUCCCAAAAACUCAUCUAGGUUUGAGAGUUUUGAUGGAAAGCUUUCCCUUUAUGAAUCAGCAUGCCCUCGAAUAUAUGAGAAACCAAAUCAGAGAACUUGUCAAUACCUUCUCAAAUCCAUGCCAAUAUUUGGAAUUAUUAGGAGAACCAUUUAUUGAUACUGAAAUCAGAGAUUUAGCAUAUAAGGCCAUUAAUCAAAUGACAGAUAGCCAAUUAUUCAAUUCUAUGAACAUUAUUAUAGAAUUAUUGGCUUGUGAAAUGGAAUUAGACAAUCCACUCUCACAAAUUCUCUUGAAUCGAGGAUUAAAUAAUGUGGAUAUAGGAAGACAUUUAUUCUGGUGCAUUCAGGGCAACCUGCACAAUUCCAGCAUUAGAGGCAAACUAGCUUGGUUAGCAGUACAAUUUUUGAACAAUAUUACCCAUGAAAGACUGUUGGAAUUUUACAAUCAGUGUCUCUAUAUUUAUCAAAUAGAAGAAAUCGAUUUGAAUAUCAAAGAAACACCAAGAAUUAACUUGUCGACACAUACAGAAUUAUUGGUCCAAAGAGUAUCCGAGUUGGCAUUCCCUACACCAUUCAUUCUCCCUUACCCACCUUACAGCUCAGUUCAACGUAUCAUUGCUGAAAAGACAAGCCUUACUGACUCAAGAAAUAGAGCAGUGAUAAUCACAUACGAAUCGAAUGGGAAAACUGGUCAACUUCUAAUGAUCAGCCGUGAAAAUAAGGUUGAUAGUUACAUGUCCUCAACACUAAGAAUUCUUUCAGAUAUGUGGAAUAGCACCUACCCAAAUGAAGAGAGAACUUUUGUGCAAGGUUCGGUUAUCCCUAUUGAUAAUGAUAUUUGCAUUUAUGAAAAGGCCUCCCAAUCCCUUUAUGAAAUUCAGGGCAGUAAUUUGUCAAGAAUUUCUGAUCCAAGCUCCUGGAUAGAAAUUGGAAACAAUCAAUUUCCAAAUUUUGAAAGAAAUCUUUUACGAUCAUAUGCGUUUCACGCUAUUUUUGCAAUGACUUUAAAGAUUAGAGAUUUGCACAAUGACAAUAUUGGAAUCAAUGAAGAAGGAUUUCUCAGCUUAUAUGAUAAGAAUUCUAUCCUAGCACCUCCCAAGUUUGGUUUCCUUUCAAGAAGAAAAGGAUUCUUUGGUGGUAUGGGAUUACUCAAACUUUUGAAAUCCGAUGAAUUCAGAGACCAUGCUGUAAAAAAUUUAUUCCUGCUUUCUCAAAAUUCUCGAUUACUUUAUGCACUAAUGUGCGAAAUGGUUCGGUUAGAUUUGAGAAAUGACAUUACGUAUCAAAUAAUAGUCAACCAAUUCAAGGAAAUGUUAGAUGAUAACGAUACUUUUAAAAAGUGUCAGCAUGCAGUUGAUAAGUUUAUUAAGGAAGGAACAAAUCUACUUAACACCGAUUUUAUUCACAUGCUAAGACAUGAUUGA